UGUGUGAGGAGGAGAGAGAGAGAAAAAAACGGGUUCGGUCCCCCGCGGCUGACACAAGAAAGAGGCGCGGCCUAUUCGACGCCGGGGAAGCGAGGAGGACCGGAGCGCGGUUUGUCUUGUCUUGGAUCUCCUCUCGGGCGGGCGGGCUGGCGGCCGGCCGGCCGUGGCUCCCUUUAGGCCGAGAGGAAGGCGGAUGGCGGCAACAUCCGGGGCUUCUGGGGCGGCGACGGCGGGCGCGGGAUCCGGCGCGGCCCCGGCUCUCUACGCCUGCACCAAGUGCAACCAGCGCUAUCCUUUCGAGGAGCUCUCCCAGGGACAGCAGCUCUGCAAGGAAUGCCGUAUUGCGCAUCCUAUUGUAAAAUGUACUUACUGCCGAUCAGAGUUUCAGCAAGAGAGCAAAACUAAUACAAUAUGCAAGAAGUGUGCCCAAAAUGUGAAACAAUUUGGAACGCCAAAACCUUGUCAGUACUGCAACAUCAUUGCUGCUUUUAUUGGUACAAAAUGCCAGCGCUGUACAAACUCGGAAAAAAAAUAUGGACCACCUCAGACAUGUGAACAGUGUAAGCAGCAAUGUGCUUUUGACCGCAAAGAAGAAGGAAGGAGAAAGGUUGAUGGGAAGCUGUUGUGUUGGCUUUGUACUCUGUCCUACAAGCGAGUGCUGCAGAAGACCAAGGAGCAGCGGAAGAGCUUAGGGCCCUCCCAUUCUAACUCUUCUACGUCUAUUACCGAAAAAGACCAGCAUCAUUUGAAACACCACCAUCACCACCACCACCGUCACCCCCACCAUCGCCACCAUCAUCACAGCGGCGCCCAUCACAAAAUUGGCAGUCUGAGUCCAGAAGAUGAUCAGGGAUUGUGGAAGCAGAGCUGACUGAGCUGAAGGCAGACUUUCAAUACCAAGAGUCGAAUCUAAGAACCAAGAUGAACAGUAUGGAAAGAGCUCAUAAGGAAACUGUAGAACAAUUACAG